UGUUUUUACAUACUAACCAAAGGUUAAGUACUACUUUUGGAAUUUAUCCCUGAUGAACUCCUGCUACCCAGGUCCAAAGGAAUCCACGACCGAUCUGUCCAACAGUCACCCAGGAAUUAAGAUAAUUGAUAGCAGCUGAAUUCAGCGAAUCUUAUAACAGCUAAAAUGGCAAGCAGCGAUUCCCAAACUGAGAUUAACAAUGGUAAGAAGGCAAUAAUGGUGAAUAUAAAGUUCAGCGGCCGAUCCAUACCGCUGAAUAUCACCGCAGAUUCCACCGUCAAAGACCUCAAAUCCCUUCUUCAGCCUCUCACCAAUGUCCUCAUUCGCGGCCAAAAACUCAUCUUCAAAGGUAAGGUUCUAUCGGAUGAAUCGACUUUGGAGUCCUCGGGGAUCACUGGUGGUUCAAAGAUUAUGCUUAUGGCUUCUCAGGGUCUUCAUCAAGGGGAUGGUCCAAUUAAAAAGGAGGUCACUGGAUCGUCCAGUGUGAGGAGGGUGGCUGAAGUUGGGAGGGGAAAGAAGACUGUGGAUUCUGUCGAGAAGAGUCAGCUUGAAAGAUGGAAGGCCACUGGAGUAGUAGCAUUGUCUGAAAGCAAUCUGAAGACCAUACCUGAGGAAGUGUGGACUUGUGGACCUUCUGCCAGAGUCCUUGAUUUAAGCAACAAUUCAAUACAAGAUGUUCCAGCUGCAAUUGGCUGUUUAAGUUCAAUACAGAAAUUGCUUCUUAAUUCCAAUUCUAUAUUGGAUGAGUCCAUCAGCUGGGAAGGAAUAACAUUGCUCAAGUCUCUUGCAGUUUUAUCACUAAACCAAAAUCAUUUGACGACGCUGCCCUCUUCUCUGGGUGCUUUAAUGUCCCUGAAGCAACUUCAUGCUACAAACAACAAGUUAACAUGUCUCCCAACUGAAAUCGGAUAUUUGACAAAGCUCGAGGUUUUAAAAGUUCAGAAUAACAGGCUAAGCAGUAUUCCUGCAAGUAUAGGGGGGUGUAUUUCUCUCAUUGAAGUUGAUCUUUCGUGUAAUCUCCUCCUAGAGUUGCCUGAGGAAUUUGGCAAGUUAAAAGAUUUGAAGGCUUUAUAUCUCAGCAACAAUGGGCUCAAGUCCCUUCCUAUCACAUUGUUCAAAAUGUGCGUCCAGCUCUCGACACUGGAUCUUCAUGGAACGGAAAUAACAGCAGAUCUUCUCCGCCAAUUUGAAGGGUGGGAGAGUUUUGAUGAGCGUCGUCGUUUAAAGCAUCAGAAACAACUGGAUUCCCUAGUCACUAGCUCUGCUGAAUUUGAUGAAGGUGCUGACAAAAGCUGGUAAUAUAUAACAGCUAGCAUUUGCUCAAUGAAGAUUUGCUUGCAUGUAAUGAACCGGAAAUUGCCAUGGUACAUUGGCCUUGUACGAUGAUCUAUUGAAUGUUGUUUUUUCACUUUGUUGAGGGAUUUUCGUAAUCACCCUGUAACAUUUAUUAAUUUCACCAUGUUCCUCUUCAGAUUAGGAUCUCAUUGUCAUGCCAUUCCUUUUUCCUUCCGUAUUUACUGAGAUACCAUAUCGGGAAAAAGUAUUUCUUAGGAUUUUCAA